GGCUGAGCAGAAGCACGUGCGCAUGCAGUUCGUUAGUUUUUACAUAAAAUGAUCCUCUCGAAAUGUUUUUGAUAUUUGUUUGCUUGGUUGUGCUCAAGAAUACGAUUAUGUUUCCUACACUAUUUUACACUGCUAGAAGGAGGAGACAGAGUAGGAACAUAUAAAAGCAGGGAGAAGACUGUAGUCACACAGAGCACAAACCGUACUGCACAUCCAGCGAGAAAACAGUGAAUCACUGUGGACAUCGAUCAAGCUACCUAACUAUCAAACCUUCAGAACUUUAUCCUAACUGAGCUGCAAUGGAGCCAGAGAAGAAGACUCAGACAACAUCAGAGCAGAUGACUGACAGGGAUCUGUCAGAACAAAUCAAAAAGGUGACAAAGGAUAGUCACGUCAGGGCCGAAAACACAGAACUGAUGCUCAGCUUCCAGAAGGGAAAAGUCACCCUGCCACAGUACAAGCUCCUUCUGUGCUCGCUGUAUGAGGUCUACCAGGCCUUGGAGGAAGAGCUGGACAGGAACUCUAACCACCCCAGUGUUGCACCCAUUUACUUCCCGGCUGAACUGGCCAGACUGGACGCCAUCGAGAAAGACCUGGAAUACUUCUAUGGCCAGGACUGGAGAGAGAAGAUUGUUGUCCCUGCAGCUACUAAAAGAUACUGCCACAGACUCCGACAAAUUGGUAAAGAAAACCCAGAAUUUUUGGUUGCCCAUGCUUACACUAGGUACCUAGGUGACCUGUCUGGAGGGCAGGUCCUGGGUCGAAUCGCCCAGAAGUCCAUGGGGCUAAAGGGCAGCGAAGGUCUGUCAUUCUUCGCUUUCCCCGGUGUGUCCAGCCCCAACCUGUUCAAACAGCUGUAUCGCAGCCGGAUGAACAGCGUGGAGCUGACGGAGGAGGAGAGGAACGGCGUGCUGGAGGAGGCUGUCAGAGCGUUUGAGUUAAACAUUCAGGUCUUUGAGGGUUUGCAGAUGUUGGCGAGUGUCACUGAAAACGAGCUACAGACAUGUUCAACACACUCCACACCAGUAAAUACACUCCAGAUCCCCGGAGCCAUCAUCAAAACUACCCCACUGCUCAGGAUGGUGCUCGGACUUUUUGUGGCUCUGGUCACAGUCAGUGUGGGAAUCUAUGCUUUUUAGAAAAGAUAAACAAAAAAAAUACCAUGCGUUGGUCUAUUUCUGUAAGACCAUUACAAACUUGUAAGAUUUUAAAUGACAAAAUACUGUAUAUUUUUAUGAAAGUUGAGUGUAAUGAUUUUUUAAUUCUAUUUUAUGUCUAACACGGUUAUCCAGUGUGCAUUAAAAUGUGCAAUACAUGUGCUUUUAAUCCUGUAAAUAUGUUAUCUU